GCGCGCGUCCCGGGGGCGGGAGUCAGCUGAGUCGCUGGGGCGAGGUUGGGAUCUUCUGGGAGCUGCAAAAGGAAACCAGUGAUCUUUUGGGGGUGGGAGCGGGGUGCAGGACUGCACCAGAUUCAAGGGAGAGGGCUCCGAAGUCUUCUCGCUCAUUAUAAGGCGAGAGCGAGAAAAUCCUCAGGAUCUUAAAGAGGAGAAGGGGGCGGUGGAUUGCCAGGAUCUGUCAGAGCCUUGUCGAGGCUGCGGAGACGCAGUUUCCAAUCUAAGGCGACGGGGAUCCCUGGGGGGAGCGCUGUUGGAAUCCCUGGGCCCGGAACGGCGGGCCCAGAGGCCGGGCACCAUGGCGUCCAUCCUGGAUGAAUACGAGGACUCCCUGUCCCGCUCAGCCGUCUUGCAGCCCGGCUGCCCCAGCGUGGGCAUCCCCCACUCGGGGUAUGUGAAUGCCCAGCUAGAGAAGGAAGUGCCCAUCUUCACAAAGCAGCGCAUUGACUUUACCCCUUCUGAGCGUAUCACCAGUCUUGUUGUCUCCUGCAAUCAGCUCUGCAUGAGCCUGGGCAAGGAUACCCUGCUCCGCAUUGACUUGGGCAAGGCCAACGAACCCAACCAUGUGGAGCUGGGACGCAAGGAUGAUGCCAGAGUUCACAAGAUGUUUCUGGACCACACUGGCUGUCACCUGUUGAUUGCUCUGAGCAGCACUGAGGUCCUCUAUGUGAACCGUAAUGGACAGAAGGUACGGCCACUGGCACGCUGGAAAGGACAGCUGGUGGAGAGUGUGGGCUGGAACAAGGCACUGGGCACCGAGAGCAGCACAGGCCCCAUCCUGGUCGGCACUGCCCAAGGCCAGAUCUUCGAAGCAGAGCUCUCAGCCAGCGAGGGUGGACUUUUCGGCCCUGCCCCAGAUCUUUACUUCCGUCCAUUGUACGUACUAAAUGAAGAAGGGGGUCCAGCGCCUGUAUGCUCCCUUGAGGCUGAGCGGGGUCCCGAUGGGCGCGGCUUUGUUAUCGCCACAACUCGGCAGCGCCUCUUCCAGUUCAUAGGUCGAGCAGCAGAGGGGACUGAGGCCCAGGGCUUCUCAGGGCUCUUCGCUGCCUACGCUGACCACCCACCCCCAUUCCGUGAGUUCCCCAGCAGUCUGGGCUACAGUGAGUUGGCGUUCUAUACCCCCAAGUUGCGCUCUGCACCUCGGGCCUUCGCCUGGAUGAUGGGGGAUGGCGUGUUGUAUGGAGCAUUGGACUGUGGGCGCCCCGAUUCCCUGCUGAGUGAGGAGCGAGUCUGGGAGUACCCAGAGGGAGUAGGUCCUGGGGCCAGUCCACCUCUGGCUGUCGUCUUGACCCAGUUCCACUUCCUACUGCUGUUGGCGGACCGGGUGGAGGCAGUGUGCACGCUGACAGGGCAGGUGGUGCUGCGGGAUCACUUCCUGGAGAAGUUUGGGCCGCUGAAGCACAUGGUGAAGGACUCCUCCACGGGCCACCUGUGGGCCUACACUGAGCGGGCCGUCUUCCGCUACCAUGUGCAGCGGGAGGCCCGGGAUGUGUGGCGCACCUACCUGGACAUGAACCGCUUUGACCUGGCCAAAGAGUAUUGUCGAGAGCGGCCUGACUGCCUGGACACAGUCCUGGCCCGGGAAGCUGAUUACUGCUUUCGCCAGCGUCGUUACCUGGAGAGUGCCCGCUGCUACGCCCUGACCCAGAGCUACUUUGAGGAGAUUGCCCUCAAGUUCUUGGAGGCCCGACAGGAGGAGGCUCUGGCCGAGUUCCUGCAGCGAAAAUUGGCCGGUUUGAAGCCAGCCGAGCGUACCCAGGCCACACUGCUUACCACCUGGCUGACGGAGCUUUACUUGAGCCGGCUCGGGGCUCUGCAGGGUGAUCCUGAGGCCCUGAACUUCUACCGGGAAACACGGGAGCGCUUCCGGGCCUUCCUCAGCAGCCCCCGCCACAAGGAGUGGCUCUUUGCCAGCCGGGCCUCCAUCCAUGAACUGCUUGCCAGCCAUGGAGACACGGAACACAUGGUGUACUUUGCCGUGAUCAUGCAGGACUAUGAGCGAGUGGUGGCAUACCACUGCCAGCACGAGGCCUACGAGGAAGCCCUGGCCGUGCUUGCUCGCCACCGUGACCCUCAGCUUUUCUACAAGUUCUCACCGAUCCUCAUUCGCCACAUCCCCCGCCAGCUGGUGGAUGCUUGGAUUGAGCUGGGCAGCCGGCUAGAUGCCCGGCAGCUCAUUCCUGCCCUGGUGAAUUAUAGCCAGGGUGGCGAGGCCCAGCAGGUGAGCCAGGCCAUCCGCUACAUGGAGUUCUGCGUGAAUGAGCUGGGCGAGACUGAGCAGGCCAUUCAUAACUACCUGCUGUCGCUGUAUGCCCGAGGCCAGCCCGCCUCACUGCUGGCCUACCUCGAGCAGGCCGGGGCCAGCCCGCACCGUGUGCAUUAUGACCUCAAGUAUGCGCUGCGGCUCUGUGCUGAGCACGGCCACCACCGUGCUUGUGUCCAUGUCUACAAGGUCCUAGAACUGUAUGAGGAGGCUGUGGACCUGGCCCUGCAGGUGGAUGUGGACCUAGCCAAACAGUGUGCUGACUUGCCUGAGGAAGACGAGGAACUGCGCAAGAAACUGUGGCUGAAGAUUGCACGACACGUAGUGCAGGAGGAGGAAGAUGUGCAGACGGCCAUGGCCUGCCUGGCCAGCUGCCCCUUGCUCAAGAUUGAGGACGUGCUGCCCUUCUUUCCUGACUUCGUCACCAUCGACCACUUCAAGGAGGCGAUCUGCAGCUCACUCAAGGCCUACAACCACCACAUCCAGGAGCUGCAGCGGGAGAUGGAAGAGGCCACAGCCAGCGCCCAGCGCAUCCGGCGAGAUCUGCAGGAGCUGCGGGGCCGCUACGGCACAGUGGAGCCCCAGGACAAAUGCGCUACCUGCGACUUCCCCCUGCUCAACCGCCCUUUUUACCUUUUCCUCUGUGGCCACAUGUUCCACGCUGACUGCUUGCUGCAGGCCGUGCGGCCUGGCCUGCCGGCCUACAAGCAGGCCCGGCUCGAGGAGCUGCAGCGAAAGUUGGGGGCUGCUCCAGCCCCUACCAAGGGCUCUGCCCGUGCAAAGGAGGCCGAGGGUGGGGCUGCCGCUGGGGGACCCAGUCGGGAGCAGCUCAAGGCUGAUCUAGAUGAACUGGUGGCCGCUGAGUGUGUGUACUGUGGGGAGUUGAUGAUCCGCUCUAUUGACCGGCCCUUCAUCGACCCCCAGCGCUAUGAGGAGGAGCACCUCAGUUGGCUGUAGGAGGAUGCUGUGCUGGAUGGGCAGGCCGUCGGGGGCACGUGCCCCUUCUUGGGAAGGCUACACCCUGGUCUGUGCUCCAUCAUCUGGAGACUCGCCCCAUUGUUGGGAAGAGUGGAAUUCUAGCUGUCACCGAGAGGUAUCAUCUGCCGCUAUCCAGUUCUUCAGAGCGGCCUUAGGGCCACUGUUAUGCCAGGCCAUCUGCCUGCCUCCCAACAGGGGGCCUUAGCCUGGAGAAGUCAGAAUUCUGACCCCAUCACCCUCUCCCCUCUAACGGUCCUGUUUUCCUUUUUACUCCCCACAGACAUCCUGUUCACCUUCUAGAGCGAGAGUACCAUUCUCCCUUUUCACUGCGUGGCUCUUCCCCUUCAGAGGAAGGCGUCUCCUGUGUCUGCCCCUAGGUCCCAGAGAGAAAAGGCAGCCCCUCCAAGUCCUGGGCGUGGAGGGUGGGGAAAGGUGGUACUGGUGGUGGGCGUGUCUUGUGUACGCUUUCUAGAGCUCUGGUGUGUGGGCGUGCCCUGGGGGACAGAGCCUCAUGGAGGACAGUGGGAGAUGAUGAUGGAGUGGGGAACAUUAAACUGCCUGCGCUGCGCUGGUGGUCCUGGAGUUGAUGGCUUUGUUGAUGCUGGCCUGAGUGGCACGUGAGUGAUCUCCAGGAGCACAGGAUGCCACAGGGAUGCCGCUGGGACCCUGAACACUUUCCAGCCUUGGACCUCGCUUCUUCACCUGAUGAUGUGACUGAUUUUGACAUAUUUUCUAUCUGUUUGCUUCCUUGUCCCUCUGCUCCAUCCUCUCCUUCUCCAGGCUCCAACUGGGAUUGGUGGCCCACCAUCCUCAGACCAAGCACUGUUCUUCCCUUUGGCCAGCAGGUGGUACUGCUCCCCACAGAAUCCUUCACACGGGCAGCUGAGGGCACUAAUUUUUCUUCCUUUUCUCCGCUAGUGCUUCCUCAGUCUGUUCCUUUCUAGUAUGUUCUGGGAAUCUGCACUGCCUCACCGUGAAUCCAAGCCCUCAUUCUUCCUCCCUUCACUAGCCCUUAUACAUGCGAGAUUUUGCUUGCCCUUGUCUUUGCCAACCUGGAUCCUUGCAUUCCCAGCUUCUGCCAGCUUUGAUACUGCCCUACCACUGUCUGGUAUUUGACCAUAUUGUUCAGAUCCAGUGUGGAGGUAGGACUGCCCCUGCCACCAUCCAUGGCAUUUGGCAGAUUUUUUUCCUCAUCUAACUUCUGUGACCCGCCCUCCCCCUCUGGACUACAUACACUCUUAGUUGUGGCUACCCUAAGGAGUCUGGAUCAGGGCCUUCCCGUGACAUCAGCGAGCACCCUUUGCCCUGUGGACUGGGGUUCACAGUCCACUGUUCAGCUCUAUAGGUGUGGUCCAUCAGCUGCUCAGACUGAAACAAAAUAACAAGUGUGUCUUCCUGGAAUCAGGCUGGGGUCAAGCCACCUGGCUGGUGACUACAUGCUUUUCUCUCUCCUGCUGCCUCACCCUUUCCAAGACUUUUAUCUCCUGCAGUCCUGGUGGAGUCUUGCCCUGCCAAGUCCCCCCAACCACUAGAACAACCCUGUCUCCUCAUGGCCUCUGCCAACCGGCAGGCUAGAAGCCGCCCGUCUUUGAUGAGUCUCAGACUCUCCGUCUUCUCCCAAAAGCAAGAGGGAACAAAUAGGGAGGGGUUGGUAAUCCCUGGGUGGGCAGAGAGCAUCCUAAUCCUGUUCCCUCUGUUCGAAGAUUUGGAGGCUCUUGCUCCCUUCCUCUCCCCAUGUGGCCUACCAUUUCCCACUGUCAGUGAAUAUUAGGUCUAAAUUUUGACCUGCCACUUGCAUGGUCACUUGCUUACUUAGAACAGCUUGGGUCUUCUUCUGUCUCUGCACAUAAUGGGUACCUAAUACAUGUUAGUUAAACAAACACUGCCCUAUUGCUCCCUCUUCCCAGUGGACUUGGCUAAGACAGCCUGGGAUGCCCCUGCCCCCUUCUGUCUUCUGAGCCUGCCCAUCUGGUCCUAGGCUGCUUCCUCUUUCCUGGAAAAAAAGGCCACAGGCUUCCCUGGCACUGACAGAAUGGGGUUCCGUUGAGUCAGGGCAAUGGGAAGCUACAGCCCUUAGAUCCCUGGAAACCAAGCAAGGCCUGGAAUGGAGGGGAGAGAGGAGGCCCUCAGGGCCUUGGCCCUAAGCCUGGGGAGGGCCAGAAGGGGGUGGAGUGGGGGAGCAGCUGCAUAGGCAGGGGCCAAGAUGAAUGAGCUGCUCCUGGAGCUGUCACUGGAAAUAGGAGGAGUGGUCACAGGCAGUGACGCUGAGAUCAGGGCAGGAGGCCUGUAAACAAGGAAGCCACCUGGGGGAGACUCAGGGCGGUCACUGGUCCUGGGGAGCAGGUGCUUCCUGAGGCCCGCCCUUGAGAGGGCUCUGGGGGGCUGCCUGGCCAAGUCAUCAGCUGGCACGAGGGGGCGCUGUCGACUGGCUUCCUGAAACCACCAGCUCCUUUCCACAGCUCCAUGGGGAGUGGCUGUCGGAGGGUGUGACAGCCUAGCGUCUGAGGCCUGGCUUUCCCACCGGACAGCCCUCCCUUCUCCUGUCCCCAGUGCAGACUGGCCAAGAGCACCAGCCUGGAAGGGAGGGCACAGGGCUCCAAGCCUGGCCAGCAUGGGUGUGAGUUUAUUCCCCCAGGACCACCAAGUCUUGAAUUCCCCCUUCUCCCACCCCAGGGCUCAGGUUGCAGGCUGGGCCCUCAUCAACCCCGUUGGAUGGGAGGGGGCUUGGAGGCCACCAGACUCCAGGCUGCCCUUGGCGCUGCCCCCCUGGCGCCAGGGAAACAAAAGGUUAGGGGGCCCAGAGGGAGUUAUCUGGCCCCACCACCACCAGGGGAGGGGGAGGGGGCCAAGAGGGGCAUACCUCCUUCCCACUCCCCCAGCUCUGCAGAUUCUUCGAGACACUUUCACAGGCGGAAAUUCCCAGAGGUCAGAGGAGGGAAACGGUUAAUUCCUUUUAUUCAAUGGGUCCCCCCUACACGCCUCCCCCCAGCUUCCUCCCUCCACUUCCCGCCCCCCCCCUGUGUGAACAGGAAGUGGAGAGGAAAAGGCUCCAAGCAGAGCAGCUGGGAGCAGGAGGCAGGGAGUGGGCGGCAGGCUUGGUGCCAGCCCUGCCCCUCAUGGUUGCUUGCUGGAGGGCCAGAGCCACUGUGGCCUGGGAAAGAACCUGCAGCCCUGCUGGUGAGUGGCAGCAGAGCCGGGAAACAGCCUAGCUUGGAGCCCCCUUCUCUCAACAUGCUCCUAGGGCAGAGGCUACUGCCAGGAGGGUGCAAGGCAUCCUCUGUCCAAGACCCAGCUGCCCUUGCCACUGCAGCCCCACCCCCACCACAGGCUGGGCAUCCUGAGGCUGGCAGGCAUCUCUUUAGGCAGCCGCCAGUCCUGGCACUGGCUCCAGCCACUCAGCCCCUUGGCCCUGCCAGUUCUUUGAAGCUCAUGCAGUGCUUCCUGUUUGGGGCAGGCGAUGCCAGAGCCCCUCCCCCACCAUUGUUCUGUGGAGACCAUAGGUCCAUCUGUUGCCCCAUGGUGGGGCCCCUAGGCAGUGCCACACGGGAGCAGCACCACAAAGGACCCUGCUGGCAGCUUUGAUUAUGUGGAGUGAGGCUGGGCCCCACAGCAGGUUGAGGGUGAAUGGUGGUCAGAGGCAGUCCUGGGGUGGGCAGUGGGAUAGAUGGAGGAUGUGAGGCGGUUCUAUUUAGUGGGCAGCCAGAGCCCUCGGCUUUCUCCCCCACCUGGAGUACAGAGAUGAUGAUAUUCAGGGAGCUAUACCUGCUGAUGCCACCAGGAGACAGGCACCAUUCUUAUGCCCAGUUUCCAAAAGGGAAACUGAGGCAGAGGGGCAAACUUUGGUCUCAGAAGGCCGAUAAAGGGGACACAAAGUAGGGUUCUUCUCUUAAGGGGAUUAGUGCUUCUCGAUGAAUGCCCUCUGAUUGGGUGCUUUCCUCUCCUUGAGCUGCUUUACCUUUUCUCAGCUUUCGCCUUGAAAUAGCUCUUGAGCUGAGUAGUCAGGAACCAUGAGGUCACCGGGAGGUUAGGGUGGCCCUAGGUUGGUGACCAGCAACCGGUGUCCACUGAGAACAAGCCCAGGCAGGCCCAGCAGAAGAAGAGAAAGGGGCAUUGGUCUGUGGCCCCGGGAAAAUGGGUGCUGCUCUUGGCUCCCAGUCUGCCUUGGCCAAAAGUGUGUUUGUGUUUCCCAGGUGUGGAGGCAGGUGCUGUGUAUCCCUGCAACUCACCUCCUCUGCCUGAUCUCACAGCUCUGACUUCAACCUGCUUCCUCCCACAGGGCUAGAAGCGCAGACAUGGUCUACCCUACUUCCCUUACCAGAUCCUCUGGCUUCCCGCCAGCUGAGGACCUGGACGACCUAGACCAUGCCUCCUGGAAGGUGAGAGCUGCAGAGACCUCAGAUGCUCCUGUUCAAAUAAAAGUCUUCAUGGAUGUCCUGAAAUUGAUAUGCUGUGUUUCCCUGGUAGACGCUGGGCUGGGAAGCCCACACCUCUAUUUACUGUC